AUGCGAGCAUGGGUUCUCUUCACCCUGAUAACAGCUCCUGUUCUAGCCUGGGCAGCACAGACAGAUUCGCCUCUGGUUGGAUAUGUUCCUGAUCCUAGGGGACGGGGAACUCCAUCCCUUCUCGUUUCGUGCAUUCUUACCCUCAUAGUGUGCGUCUGGUCAGCAUUGCACCUCAACGUCCCGCCACGGACCCAGAGCACGUCCAGAAACAUUCUGCUCAACGCACAAUGGAUCAUCGCCGGCAUGUACGCACCCGAGAUGGUGGUGUUCGUGGCCUGGCGACAAUGGUCCUCUGCCCGACUUUUGCAGAAGAUGAUCACCGAGGCGGCAGAUGGGAAAGCAGGUCCUUCCACGGAUUGGACAAUGACGCACAGCUUUUUUGCAUGCACCGGUGGCUUUGCCUUCGAGUUUGACGAGCUGGACCUGGUGCAAGACGCAGAACAAGACCGCGAGGCCAUGCCUACUCCAAGGCUUACACUCACAGCUCGUGGAGUGGCACUAUUGGCGCGGUGUGGACAUCUGCCACAUGUUCCGCGCGAGGAGAUUGAUGACAAGAGCAAGGCAAAUAGCCUUGCAAAGACAACAGUGCUGCUCCAGGCAACCUGGAUGUUGAUUCAAGCAGUUGGAAGACUGAUAGCAGGCCUACCAGUCACACUUUUGGAAGUCAAUACGGUAGCUCAUGUGCUCUGUGCGUUGUCCAUGUACAUUCUAUGGUGGCACAAGCCGCUGCUACCCCAGCAGCCCAUCAUCUUGCGGGACAAGGACUCAUCCCUCUUGCGACGUUCAUCCAGAGAAGGCAAUACAUCACCUCUAAAGAAGACUGGCUCUCUAGAGACAGUCUCUGGCAUCACCUUUUUCCACCAAGCUCCCAAUGACUGUCUCGCUAUUUUGCAAGCUCAACGUCGAAAGGACACAGGAACAGCGUUUUUCGAGAGGCGACCCCGCGUUCUGGGCCAAGGCACGAAGCCAAGUGUUGCAAGCAAACGAAGAUGGUUGAACCUGGCGGUUGCAAUCGACACUUAUCCCCAACUGAUGCAACACGACCGAUUGCUUCUACGCCACCACGUUGGUCGGGCGAAUUGUGUACAUCUCAAGCCAGAGCAGCUCAUGGUGGACCAUGUGGGAAAUUGGCCCUCUAGCGAUCUCCUCCGCGACGUCGAUGGCCUGGUAGUCGGCAUGGUCCUUUGGCUAGCAAACUUUGUCUAUGGAGGCAUCCACAUGGCAGCCUGGAACGACCACUUCCCAACCGAGGCCGAGAAGUGGCUCUGGCGCGGUUCAUCGUCCUACAUUGCUUUCUGUGGUGGUCUAUGGGUGGUUCUCAACUUUGCAGUGUCCAGAAUACCCAAGCUAAAUGAGUUUUGGGAACACUGGAUGGACGGGAAAAGAUCUUUGGCUCAAAGUAUAGCUCUAGGUAUCGUUGUCUUCAUUUGUGGGUUGAGCUUGGUUUUUGCAAGAGUUUUCAUUGUGGUGGAGGCUUUUAUUGGAAUAAGGGAGAUGCCGACGUCAGUCUAUGCCACAGUUGAGUGGACUGACAUUUUACCACACUUUUAA